AUGGGCAUUAAAAGUGAAAGUGGUGAGAGAUCCACAAAGGAGGAGUCCAAACGCCUCUCCAAGGAAACGGUCACCGCCGCCGACGCGCAAUACUCCCACCUUCAAGUCCACCGCGCCAAGAGUAAAAUUUCCGUCCACGACCCCUUCACUGCAAAGAACUCCGGUGUCGAUGCUCGAGCAGCCAAGGACAAGCUUGAGCUGAAAGCCGUCAGGGAUGGGGCUACGAGCUAUGCUGCCUUGGAGAGAAAGGCGGAGUUAUAUGAUAAGCUAGUGAGAGGAGAGCUUUCUGAUGAAGAAGAUCAAGAAAAGUAUUGUGUUGAUUUCCUUCGCAAAGGUCUAGAACAAGAAGAGCCAAAACAUAUCCUCUACAUAUAA